GCUUCGUCUUCAAGGAAGUUGAGCAAUCAAUCCCAGAGAGAGAAAGAGGGGAGAGAGUGAGAGGUUGACCAAGCGAUCCAUGGAUUUGGAAUUGUUUAUGCAAAUUGACAUUAAUCUGUAAUAAUAAUAAUAUAUAUAGUAGUCUUAUGUGUCUUACCAAGACGAGCAACUCCUUUUACGCACAAUCAUUUGCUACAUAGAGACUUGUCAUUGCUUUGGUUGGUUAUUCGUUUGUUCUCUUAGAUUUCAAUCCCCAUUGACGAUUCUAUUCGAUCCCCCGAAUUUUGAAUCAUCGAAUUUCUCUUUGAAUCUUCCCAAUUUUUUUUUGUGAUUUUUAGAGAGAGAGAAGACGAGGUGGUUUGAUUAGUUUGAGGUGGUAUAUCCAUAUAUAUCAUCGAGAAAAGCAAACCCUUUUGAGGAUAAUCAUUGCUAUAGAGACUUCUCUCAGCUUUGGUUGUUUUCAUCGAGAGUGUCUUCUAUAUGGGCAAGUGUUUUCUCGUGAAAAUUUCAUUUUUAGAGAGAGAAAGAGGGAAGGAGUUGGUUUGAUUCAUUUGUGUUGAUGCUUUAGAGUGAUUUCUGUGUGUGUGUGUGUGUGUGUGAGAGAGAGAGAGAGAUUCAGCUGUGAAUCUAAAGUUUACCUUGUUGAAAUUUUCAGAGAAUUUUUGGGGAUUUUUGCUGUUAAGAUUAGAAUCUUGUUUAGAUGGUGGGGUAGGGUUUAUCUCAGCUGUGAAUUUGAAGUUUUAUAUGUUGAAAUUUUCAGAGAAGUUGGGGGUUUUGAUGUUUGAGUGAAAUAUACAGAAAAAGAGGUUUUACAGAGAGAAUUGGAGAUUGAUAGAGGGAGGGUUUCAAUGAUUUUCCAUGGCUGUGGUGAGUCCUAUGCUUGAUGGGAUGCCACAACAGACCAAUCCAACAAGAAACCCUCAAAUUGAAAUCCCUAGAAUGAUGGUAACUAGGCAUGAAAUCGUUGAGGAACCACCGGUGCAAGUUGCCGUACAAGAUAAGAUGUACGUAGCGGUGGGAAAGGAAUUGAAAGAGAACAAAUCAACUGUGUUAUGGGCAUUGCACAACUCAGGAGGAAGGAAGAUAUGCCUCCUUCAUGUUCAUGAACCGGCACAGUGGAUACCCUUAAUGGGUACAAAAUUUCCAGUAAGCCAACUGGAGGAACAUCAAGUCAAGGCAUACCGUGAAACUGAGAAGCAAGAUAUGAACAAGCUUCUACGUGAAUACAGCAUGAUUUGUGAGCAAGCAGGGGUUUCUACAGACAUUGUACACACUAUAAAGGACUCUAUCGAGAAGGGGAUUGUGGAACUGAUAUCUCAACAUAGUAUCAAGAUGCUUGUUAUGGGAGCAGCUGCAGAUAAACGUUAUUCAAGGAAGAUGAUGCAGACAAAAUCUAAGAAAGCCACCUAUGUGCACCUACAAGCACCUCUGUUUUGCCGCAUUUUGUUUGUCUGUAAAGGGCACCUUGUUCACACAAGGGAGGGUAGAUUAGAAGGAAUUAGCAUGGAGGUUGGAUCUCUGACGCUGCAAGCAAGUCCAAACAAUGAAACUGGGCAACCAAGUUCCUUGAGAUCACGAUCUGUUAUAGAAGGGCUCACCAGUUCAGGUCCAGAUUAUCGCAGAGCAAUGUCUGACGUUCAUGGGAUGAGAACUUCAACUUUUUCCUCAGCUAGCCCCGGAGGGUUAACUCCUCACAGAAGUUCAAAUACAUUAGGGAGUUUCAACGAUUGGGAGGACAUUUCAAGGAGUUGUCCUUCUCUGAAUUCAUCUUGUUCCUCUCCUGAUGUUAUGGCUAAUGAUUCAGAUUUGACCUCACCUGCGAGAGCUGACCCUGGAUCGGAGUCACAUGCAAUGCAUCCCAAGGAGGAUCAUCAUCGGCAUUCAUCCCCUCCCAGUGUACUGCAGGAGGGAGUUAUGGAUUGUGAACUUUAUGAUCAGCUUGAACAAGCUAUGGUAGAGGCAGAAAAUUCCAGGCGGGAGGCCUUUGAAGAGUCAAAGAGGCGUAGGAAAGCUGAAAAAGAUGCCAUUGAUGCUAUCCGCAGAGCUAAAACAUCAGAAAGCUUACAUGCCGAGGAAAUGAGAAAAAGGAAAGAAUAUGAAGAAGCACUAGCAAGGGGAAGGGAAGAGCUUGAAAAUAUGAAGCGGCAUGUGGAUGAAGUCAUGGAAGAACUCCGUAUUGCCCAGGAACAUAAAUCAUCUCUGGAGAACCAAAUUGCAAGCUCUAACCAGAUGAUACUGGAGCUAGAACAGAAGAUGUUCUCUGCUGUAGAACUGUUGCAAAAGUAUAAGAAGGAACGAGAUGACUUGCAGGUAGAGCGUGACAAAGCGCUCGAAGUAUCUGAGGAGCUGAGGAAAAAACAAGCAGAGGAGGUCUCAAACGCACUUACGCCUCGGUUUUUCUCUGAGUUCUCCUUCUCUGAGAUUGAAGAAGCAACUUGUAAUUUUGAUCGGUCGUUGAAGAUUGGCGAAGGGGGUUAUGGAAGUAUUUAUAAAGGUCUCCUUCGUCACACUCAAGUGGCUAUAAAGAUGCUGAAAUCUAAUAGCUCGCAAGGCCCCGCAGAAUUUCAACAAGAGGUCAAUAUUUUGAGCAAGUUGAGGCAUCCAAACCUUGUCACUCUCAUUGGAGCCUGCCCAGAAUUUUUUGUUCUUGUCUACGAGUACUAUCCUAAUGGAAGCCUUGAAGAUCGACUUCUCUGCAAGGACAACACCCCUCCCCUAACCUGGCAAACUCGAAUCCGUAUUGCAGCGGAGCUUUGUUCUGUUCUUGUCUUCCUUCAUUCUUGCAAUCCCCACAGCAUAGUGCAUGGCGAUCUAAAACCUGCUAAUAUUCUCAUAGAUGCCAACCUUGUCAGCAAACUCAGUGAUUUUGGAAUAUGUCGUGUUCUUACUCAAGAUGAAUCCUCAACCACCAACACGACACUGUGUUGCAGAACCAACCCAAAGGGAACUUUAGUAUACAUGGAUCCGGAAUUUCUCUUAACAGGAGAGCUUACCACAAAGUCAGAUGUGUACUCGUUUGGAAUUAUAUUGUUGCAGUUAUUGACUGGAAGAUCUGCCACGGGGAUAGCCGGGGAAGUGCAAUAUGCAUUAGAUAAAGGAAAUUUGAAAAACUUGCUAGAUUCGACAGCUGGGGACUGGCCUUUUGUGCAAGCCAAACAGUUGGCUCACUUGGCAAUAAGAUGCUGUGAGACGAACCGUAGGAACCGGCCUGACCUUGCCUCGGAGGUGUGGAGGGUGCUUGAACCAAUGAGAGCUUCAUGCGGGGCCCCCUCACCAUUCCGGAUGAGCUCUGAGGAGCAUUGCCAGAUUCCAUCAUAUUUUAUUUGUCCCAUUUUUCAGGAAAUCAUGCAAGAUCCACAUGUCGCAGCCGAUGGCUUUACUUAUGAGUUGGAGGCUUUGAAAGGAUGGCUCGAAAGUGGCCACGACACUUCACCUAUGACAAAUCUCAAGCUUCCACACUGCAACCUCGUGCCCAAUCAUGCUCUCCGUUCUGCAAUUCAAGAGUGGCUGCAACAGUAAUAAAAAUUUAUCCAGGUUCAAAUUUUUGUCUCACAAGUUCUGUAUAUUCCUUUUUUUUUUUUUUUGAUUUUGUUGAUUUAUUGUAAUUUGUAUCUUUGACUUUGCAUCAGUAGUGUCAUGUUCUCCUGUACAUACAUGCGAGUGCGACUAAACUCGCUAUAUGUAGCGUCUUAAUUAUAUAUAUAUUUUUCCUUUCAAAAUAUGGCUUUCAGUGUUUGCCAGGGGACAGUUCUUGUAACCUCUGAUUGCCUUGACAUGAAUGUUGUUGUCAUUUCAUAAGUUCUAAAUUUAUUCAGAGGAAGUUGUAGAAUAAUUUUGAGAGUUCUCAAGAUUAGAAGUUAUUCUUGUAAAAACUCUACCAUUUUAACCAUGAAUGUUGUUGUCA